AUGGACAGUUCGUCAUAUUCUAGUUUCUAAAGUGGAAAUUAGUCUUGUGACUCUUGUCUGAUAAUUAUUAGUGAUCAGAUAACACUAGAAUGGAUUAUGAAACUUUCGUCAACAACAUUGACAAGGAUUUGGUGCUACUUAAAACUAUACCACCACCUGCUGGUUGCACCGAUUGGGCUCAAGAAAUCCAGUCUCUUAGUAGAGAGCCAGAGCUCCUGAACUUGCUCAAGAAUACUGAGUACCUAUUGGAGCGAGUUAAGCUCAUGGAUAAGGCCCUGAAUGGGAACUGGGAGACCGGCUACCCUUACAAAUCAAUAGCACAACUUCAGAGUGCUCGAGACUAUCUCAACAAAGAAAUUGCAUCCACCUUCCGUAAAACUCGCUUUGUGAAUCAAGUGCUCUUGAUCAAGAGAAUAGAGGAGGUGGAGGAGGGACUUAAGGCUAUGGAUCCCAAUGAGUAUAGCUUCUCUAAUUUGGCUUCAGCGAGGCAAGAACUUAAGUAUGCUCGACGAGAUGCCCAAAGAAAGAUGACUGAGAUGGAGUUGUGCGCAAAAGCCAAUAAGUGGUGUUCAUCCAAAUUGACUGCCGUUUUUGGUAAAUUCUUUGGGUAAAUGCCACUCCAUCCUUUGGCUAGCAAACAAUGUUCUAUGUUUGUUUGUUUGUCUUUUUUUUUUUUUUGGGGAAGGGAUUUGGAUUUUCCAUGUUUGUUUGAGGAAUCAUUUAUGGUUCGAUCAUCAAUAAGAAGUUAGAUGUAGCACAA